UCAAUUCGUCCUACUAAAUAUUAUUAUAAAAACAACUUAUUCCAAAAAGAAAAUCACAAACUUUAUUUAAACAAUAAUCUUUCAAAUAUAUUAUAUCACAAUAUUAACAAAAACAAUAAUUUAAACAAGCGUGGUUUAAAGUCUCCAUUAAAGACUCAUUCUAGUGCUUUCAAUUCAAAAUCUUGAGUUUAACUUUUCUUUUCUUCCAUUUUUUCUCUCAAUUUGUAAACUUGAUGAGAUAUGGAAUUAGGUUUAAGCUUAGGUGAUACAACCCCAUCAAAAGCUAGUGACAGAUUUAUCCCCACCGCCGCCGCUGCCACCGUUACCGCCACCACAACCACCGUGGGAGUUAAUAAGAGUUUAGGGUUCUGCAUGGCCUUAGGGGUGAACCCUUUAGACGCUCAAGAUAAUCAUGAUCAUGAUGAUGGUGAUGGUGAUGAAUAUGAAGAUGACGAUGAUGAAGAACACGAUGAACAUAAAGAAAACGGAGGGUUGAAAGAUGUAACUCUUGGUAGUCAAAAAACCGGUUCAAUGAAUCCGCCGGUUCAGCUUGAUCUACUCCCUUCUGCACCGGUUCUUCGUCAUCAUACAUCCUUUCCAUGGUCUUCUGACAACGAGGGUGGUUCGUCGGGAAAUGCGGCAGCCGGGAGGGGUUUUGAGGUUAAGAGGAUGGCGGUGGGGACGGAGGAAGCCACGUCAUCAUGCCGGCUGGAAUUCAUGAGUUACGGGGGAAGAAAUGGAAGUGAGAAUCAUAAGAGGGGGUUUGAGAUAGGAAACGACGCCGUUGUGGUGGAAAGAGCUUCUUCUAGGGCAAGUGAUGAAGAUGAGCAUGGAUUAUCCAGAAAAAAACUGAGAUUGUCAAAGGAACAAUCUGCUUAUUUAGAAGAAACCUUCAAAGAACAUAAUACCUUAAAUCCAAAACAGAAGCUUGCACUUGCAGAACAGCUUCAUCUUAGGCCUCGACAAGUAGAAGUCUGGUUUCAGAACAGAAGAGCAAGGACAAAACUGAAGCAAACUGAGGUGGACUUUGAGUACUUGAAGAGGUGUUGUGAAACCUUAACAGAUGAAAACAGAAGACUACACAAAGAGCUUCAAGAACUAAGAGCAUUAAAGACUACUUCAAAUCCAUUUUACAUGCAACUUCCGGCCACCACCCUCACCAUGUGUCCGUCAUGUGAGCGUGUAGCCACCAGUGUCCCACCGCCAUCAUCCGCCACCUUAACCAACCCUGUGGAACAAAACUCUAUGAAAGCAAGCACACCCUUAAAUCCAAAACCAAGGCCACUAAUGUUCCCACCUUCAUGAAUAAGAGAGAAAGUAGUGAGAGAAUAUAGUAACAAUUUAUGUACAUACGCUCCAAGCUUUAAAUUUUUGUGAAGUGAACCUUGUCGA